GUCUUCUUCUUCUUACUCCUCUUCUUUAAGCCAUCAUGGCAACCAUAACCAGAGAUGAAUCCGAUUACGACAGCAGCUGUUCAUCGAUUACCGUCCCAGAUUCUAGCCGGAGCUGGAUGAGCAACGUCAGUUUUGGCAGCCGCCGUAGCUCAAUCUCCGGCGACCCUUCACACAAACCACACAAAGCAAACCAAGCAGCAUGGGAGGCCAUGAAGAUGCUGCGGGCGGAGAAGGGUGGUCGGGUGAGUUUGGACCACUUUAAGAUCUUGAAACGAGUUGGCUCCGGUGACAUAGGGAACGUGUACCUGUGUCAGAUCCGCAACCCGGUGGUGGGUUUACCGAGCAGUUUUUAUGCGAUGAAGGUGGUGGAUAGGGAGGCGUUGGCGAUAAGGAAGAAGUUGCAGAGGGCGGAGAUGGAGAAGGAGAUUCUUGCUGGUUUGGAUCACCCGUUUCUGCCGACGUUGUAUGCAGAGUUUGAUGCUUCGCAUUACUCGUGUUUGGUGAUGGAGUUUUGUCCCGGCGGCGACUUGCAUGCCGCCCGUCAACGACAACCGGCUAAGUGUUUCAGCAUUUCGUCAGCUAAGUUUUAUGUUGCCGAAACACUAUUAGCUUUAGAAUAUCUUCACAUGAUGGGCAUAGUUUAUCGAGAUCUGAAGCCCGAAAAUGUUCUUGUAAGAGAGGAUGGUCACAUAAUGCUUUCCGAUUUUGAUCUCUCACUCAAAUGUGAUGUUGUCCCUAGACUUAUUCGAUCCAAACCUGACACAUCCAAACAAACUGACCAUGAAGACGAUGAUCAUGACCCAAAAUGCUCAACACCCUCUUGUGUCAUCCAAAUCCAACCUGUCCUCUCUUCAUGUUUCUCAUUACGCCGGAAAACCAAAAACACUCCCUCCACUACCACAAUCACCGAAAAAGCCGAGUCUCAAGAGUACAAUACUGAGUUAGUUGCAGAACCCCUAAAUGCAAGAUCCAAGUCAUUCGUCGGGACCCACGAGUACCUGGCCCCAGAAGUGAUAUCGGGCCAGGGCCACGGUGGUGCCGUCGACUGGUGGACCUUAGGGGUUUUCUUGUACGAGUUAUUAUAUGGGAUCACACCCUUUAAGGGUGAGAACAACGAGAAGACACUAAUCAACAUAUUGAAGCAACCCUUAAGUUUUCCAAGAAUUGGUGUGAGUACAAGUAAAGAAUAUGAAGAAAUGGUUAAGGUGCAAGACCUUAUUGCAAGGUUGCUUGUGAAAAACCCUAAAAAGAGAAUCGGAAGCUUGAAGGGUUCAAAUGAAAUUAAAAGGCAUGAAUUCUUUAAGGGUGUUAAUUGGGCCUUGAUAAGGUCAGUUAGGCCCCCAGAGGUCCCAAGUGAGAUGAUGAAGGUAAGGAAUAGGGUAGUGGUGCCCAAGCUAAUGAGCAAGAAAGAAAGAGAUGCACCAUUUCAAAUCCGUAAUCAUCAUUUUGACUACUUUUAGAAAGAUAUAUGUAUAUAAAGAACAACUAAUUCUAGGGUAGUCCUACUUUUCGAUGUCCACAUUUGAAUUCAGAAUGAUGUAUAAUUUCUAAUACAUGAAAGUACAAAUUAUUAUAUACC